AUGUGUGAUGUCACAACGUUCAUUUCUGUCAACAAGAAGUGUCGUGAUUGUGUUGAGACGAUGUAUAUUAACUCGUACAAACUAUCGCGCACCUCGUCCAUUACCCAAAUUAAAAAUGUUUUCAAGUCCCUUCAGACAUUAUUCAUCACAAGACUUGACAAAGAAAAUUACUUAGAAAAAACAUACACGACAACAGAAGAAAAAGAAGAAAUUAACGAUGCUACUGUUGAGAAUGUUGAAUUUAGUGAGGAGAUGUGUUACCCGAAGCCGUUAAUUGACGACCACAAGUGGAUGCACACAAAAGCGCGUAGACUUCGCAUCACUUCUGAUCAAAUUGACGCACUUUCACUUAAUAUUUGUGAUUUUGUCCAACUCAGAUUUCUUUUUGUUUCGCUCACGUCAUCAUACAGUGACACGUACAACACGCUUAGUGUUGUUAUGGCACACAGAACAUUACGAGGUGUGACUCUUUGUGGUGACAUUGGUGUUUUAUCAAAAUACACAUCCUUCCCAUUUGAUGAACACUAUGAAACAAAAUACACAUUUGUUUUAUCAAAGAAAAACUCCCAAAGUGGUGCAGACAUUUCAUUAUUUGCAACCCUUCCAAAUAACACAGAAGUCUUUGUGACAUUUCUGUCGAAGGAGACACUUAAAUUCAAAUAUGUCAAUUACGAGUAUAGACAGACGACACCUCGUGUAUUUGCAGACACAGACAUGAGUUCUAACGAAUGUGAUAUUGAAGAUGUGAUGAAUAAGUCACUGAGCACAUCACUACGGCUGUCAUCGUAUGGGCGUGAUGUUGACAGACUUAACAAGAGCUACGCAUUUUUUGACUUUAGAAAGUCUGGAACAAUUAAAGAGUUGAACAUCGAAUGUGUUCAGUUUGGAUAUAUAGGAGUGCCAGACAACAUAGAAAAGUUGUGUGUUGUUGCAUCGAGUUGUGAUGUUGACACAACACACUGCAAAUUAAAAGAACUCGAAAGUGACUGCUACAAUGGAAGUCCAAUGGACAUAUACGAUGAGAGACUCGUGCGAGUCAGUAUCUUUAACAACGAAGAAAACAGCAGCAAAAUCCGUUUUAUUCACAACAACAUUUUAAUUAACAACAACAAAACCAACAAAAAAUGUCAAAGUAGGUUGUACGACAAUGAAAAUGAAAACAAUUUGGUUGUUGACAUUGAUAAAUACAAAGAGUUUGAUAUGAGCGAUUGGUGCCUAUACAACACAACUGUUGUCAGUAAAGGGAAAGUUGUUGGUGAUUUCAAGUGUCGUGGUAUUUAUUAUGAAAGUGAAAGAACAAAGAAGUUGAAAGUGAUUGACUUGGAUGGGUACUUGGAUAUCAGUUUGAGUGGAAUUGAGGUGCUUGAAGUCGAGCACUUUGGUGAAGAAUACACUCAAGAAUAUCCAUCACAAUUGAUCGUUGGAGAAAUGAAAAAGGCGACAUUCCGUGGUGGAGUGUACAGCAAUAUAACAGUUGGUCGGAGUGUUGAAAUUGCAUUUGUUGAUACAACAGUUGAGACACUCAACAUUUGGAAGAUAGCAGACUUUGAGAGCAGAAACAGCAAAUUUGAGAACAUCAAUUUCACGACAAAGAUUGAGAAAGAUAUCGCAGUUGAAAAAUACCGCCUUUCAUAUGAGGGGUAA